AUGCGCGCGCUCGGCGCCGUCGCGGCGCUCGCGCUCGCGCUGCCCCCGGGCGCGCCGAUGAUCGUCCGCAUCGCCGAGACGGAGUACGACGUCGACGAAGCCGUCGUCUUCGACGACCAUCGCGCGCUGCCGUCGCUGCUCGCGGACUUCAGGGAACUCAACGUCGACUGGCCGUCGCUCGGCUUCGACGGCUGCGCGUCGGCGGACUGCGCGGCGGCGGGCCUCCUCGCGGAACUGAGGCGCAGACGCGUGACCAUCGCCGACGACGCGCGCGGGUUGAUCGUGAAGAUCGCGGCCGUGGGCGAGAUUCUCGUGCCGCGCGACGCCCGCGGCUCCCCGCCGACGGAAGGCGACGUGUCGACGGCGCUCCGCGCCUGGGACGUCGACGGCGCGCGCGACGUCGCGGCCGCCGCCGCGGCCGCCGCCGCCGCGCGGCCGCCGACGACCGCCGACGCGGCGCUCCCGCCCUGGCCCGUCGACCGCGCCGCCGCGGGCGAGGACCGGCCCAUGCCCGGCUGCCGCGCGCCCAACGUGGAAAAUUGCCGGCGCUACGUCGCCAUGCAGCGCAAAUUCUACGACCCCGCGGCGCAGGAGCUCGUAUCCGGGAACCACGUCAUCCACAACGACGCCGCGGAGUACUGGGGCAUGAUCCUGAAGCCCGUCGUGCGGGACCCGCGCGUCUGGCGGGGGAAGCGCGCCCUCGACGUCGCCUGCGGGGGCCGCCGCAACGUGGCGAACCUGCUGCGCCUCGCGGCCUGGGACCGCGUCGACGGCUGCGAUUUGGUGGCGCGGCACGUCGAGGGCGCGCUCGCCUUCGUCGGCCGCGACGGCUGGGACCGGUCCAAGUUCCAUGCGUGGCAGUCGGCCGGCGCGGGGCUCGCGGCCACCGACGGCCGGGCCCCCGCGCCCGUCGACGAGUACGACUUCGUCAUGUCGACGAUCGCGCUGCAGCACAUCUGCGUCUACGUCCACAGCGAUGAUUCGAGCGAGGGUCAGAUCGCCAAUCGCUUCGAGGGCCUCGCGUCCGACGACGACGACUCGACCCCGGACCUCGUGAGCGCGUCGUCGUCGUCGUCGGCCUGGGAGACGGCGUCGGAAGGCGCGGGGUCCCUCGUCGACGGCUCCGGCUCGUCGUCGGACGACUCCGAGGCCGAAUCUCCCGCCGACGUCGGAUAUUCCGCCGAUGUCCGGCCUUUUCCCCCGUUUUCGCUCCGCGCGCCCGGAGCGCCGUCCGACGACUCCGAUCGGACGACGUUGGGCGCUCGCACGCGGUCGUGGUCGUCGAUGGAAGGCUCCGAAGUCUCCGACGCGUCCGCCGCCUCGGAAGCGUCCGACGCGUCCGCCGCCUCGGAGGCGUCCGAGGCGUCCGACGGCGACGACUCCGACGCGUCCCACGGCGGCCCCUCGCGCCAGUUCUACGAGGAGACGCAGGCGCUCGUGUGCUUCGAGUUCGCGGAGGAGAUGGCGUCGAGCGGCCCCUUCGCCGUCGACGACGUCGCGUUCGCGCGCUGCUUCUACGACAGCGUGACGACCGUCGUCGAGGCGAACCGGGGCAACUGGGCGUGGGUCGACUACCCCUGGUUCGCGCUGAGCACGCCCUUCCUCGCCUGCGUCGGGAGCCCCCUCUGGGCGACCUUCGACUUCGCCGAGCGGUCGCGGCGCGAGCGGCUCGCGCGGCUCGCGCUC